CCUAAACAGGAGGUCGUCACAAACAUGGCGUGGAGAGGAUGCGUAACGAAAUGGGCCAAAACAGAGUUCAUCAGAUGCCAAAACACUACUUCACCAAGCUCCAGAUUCAGUCUCUACAAUCAGCAGAAGUGUGGUUUUCGUCGGGAAGCCAAAAGGCCGGAUACAAAGAAAGGCAAUGUCAGCCAAGAAACAAACCCUUCACCCCCUGAAGCUGGCACAGCAGGGCCCCCACCUCCUCCCAGAGUCCCCAGGCCGACACUCUUCAAACCGCUGAUGUUCACAGUAGGGUUUACAGGCUGCUCCUUUGGUGCGGCUGCCAUUCUGCAAUAUGAGACCCUGAAGUCAAGAGUUCAGACUGCGAAAGAUGAAGAGCAGUCAGAAAAAAUCUUACAGGGAUCCCAGGACAUGGCGUACUGGCAUGACUGGUGGAACCAGCUGUCAGCUUUCCAGCGACAGCUCAUCCUUGUGAUGUCCAUGGUAGAUGACUUCUGGAGCAGCCUCACAGAGGGACAGAGGACUGUCACAGGUAUUAUUGCAGUAAAUGCUGUGGUUUUGUGUUUGUGGCGGAUCCCUUCAAUGCAGAGAAGCAUGAUUAAGUACUUCACAUCCAAUCCAGCCUCCAAAACACGCUGCCUUCCUAUGGUCCUGUCCUCUUUCAGCCACUACUCCAUCAUCCACAUGGUGGCCAACAUGUAUGUCCUGUGGACAUUCUCAUCAGGAAUCGUCUCGCUCUUAGGAAAGGAGCAGUUUCUUGCUGUCUACCUGUCUGCUGGUGUGAUCUCCACUAUGAUUAGCUACAUGUGUAAAACAGCCUCUGGACGUCUCUAUCCAUCAUUAGGAGCAUCAGGUGCUGUUAUGGCGGUCCUGGCCGCAGUCUGCGCAAAGGUGCCAGAGGCCAAACUAGGCAUAAUCUUCCUCCCCAUGAUGACUUUCACAGCAGGAAAUGUUCUGAAAGCGCUCAUUGCCUUAGAUGCAGCAGGGCUUCUACUGGGAUGGCGGUUCUUCGACCACGCGGCUCACCUUGGCGGAGCCCUGUUCGGAGUAUGGUACGUGGCAUACGGUCACAAACUCAUUUGGAGAAAGAGGGAGCCCCUUGUGAAGCUGUGGCAUGACAUACGUUCUCCAGGUGCAGGUGGAUCCAGCCCUGGAGGUGGUGGCUCUGGGGUUGGUGGUGGUGAUGGCGGAGGACCCAGACCACAAUAAAACUUUGCACGGUCCCUGGGAUUCUCUUGGGAGGAAAAAAAAAGACUGGAGUCCACAGUUACCUCAGAAUAUGCAAGGACACUUUUAUCCUCUGAUGUAGUGGGAUGUUAUUUUUUGUCAAUAAAAAUAGUUUUUCAAU